AUGGACUGUUCACCACCAGAUCAAGAACAAAUAGUGGCUUUCUCUUUAUUUCAAACCCAACAUGAAGAAAUUAUAACUAACUCUCAAGAUAAUGACACUAAUUACCUUUCUAUGUCUCCUAAAACAAGCUUUUCAUUAAAUAUUUUCAUGACUAAUAAUAUAUCGAAAGAACAACUACAAUGUUUAUUUGAUUUUGAUUCUUCUGAUCAGAAAUCUGAUGCAGCCUACUUACGACAACUAUGUGGUAAUGAGAUUUAUAUACCUAGACUUCAACAAAUCAACUUUAAUCAGAUGAAAUAUAGACAGGCUCAAGGUAUAAUGUGUAAAAUGAUCGAUCUAGUAUUGGACACCAAUUCUUAUGAAGAAAUGAUUGGAAUUUGUCAAGAAUUUAUGUUUAAUAAACAGCAAAUAUUGAAUAAAUAUGAUCAUGAAGAGCAAG